CUCUGCUGGCCUACAUUACAGGUUUUAUGUAGCUGGGUUUCCCCAGAAAGUAGUAUUAAAUGCUAGUCACCCCUUGCAUCUGAAAUGCCAAUUAACCUACUUCUUCAGGAUUCCGACGUAGCUCUCUAGGACUUCCCUGCGACUCUAGCACCAAACUGAGGCAGCUGACACAUUUGGUCUGUGGACAACUACUGGAUCUUUGGCCUUUCCAUCAGGACACAGUCACUGUUGGACUACGUGGACCACAGCCUCUCUUACAGCCUCAAAAGCCAAGAGAUGCCUAAGGAGCACCCAGAGGUGGUUGCGCUGGGGGUACCCCACGUCUCAACUUCUACGACAACCACCACUAUCAACAUGCCUGGUGAGAUCUCCAAGCCCGAUCAUGUGAUCUGGUCCAUGUUCAAUGCACUCUUCCUGAACUUCUGCUGCCUGGGUUUUAUUGCCUAUGCCUACUCUGUGAAGUCUAGGGACAGGAAGAUGGUGGGCGAUGUGACUGGGGCCAAGACCUACGCCUCCACUGCCAAGUGCCUCAACAUCUGUGCCAUGGUCUUCAGCAUCAUUAUGAUCAUUGUCUUCGUCGUUAUUUACUUCCACGCAUUAGCCACCUUGCAGAAUUCUGGCAGACGAUAAUAGGUUCCAGAGUCCUCUAGUCCUGCCUUGUGUUCCACUGUCUACAAUUGCCCCACGCCCAGUCUUAGCCCUGACCUUUACCCACCCACCCCCCUAUGCAAUUGUUACACUUACACGUCUGUCCACAGUGGAUUCAAUAAAG